AUGAUGGAACAGUGGUUUUUAAAGGAGUAUUAUGCCUGGUGGUCCAAAUUGCCGCCUCCAUCUCUAGCCGAUUGCGAAUUUACCAUCCUUGUCUUGAGGGUCUGUUCUUAUGCGUCGCAAUUCCUGCCUUCUCCAUCACAUACAAUUGACAGUAUCCGUGGAGUAUCCCUGACGGACAUCAGAAGAGACUGCGAUGAGAUUGCAGACAGUCUUGCCAGCACUUGCAGUAGUCUAGAUACGAGAGGCACGCUGUUGCGGGUACAACAGCUUGCGUUCGUCGGUUUAAGACUCCAGUGUGAAGGCCGAACCACUGCUUUCUGGGACACCCUUGGCAAUCUUCUACGGGUAGCACAACGUGUUGGCAUCCACAAAGAAGUACCAGCAUCAAUACCAGGCCCAUCCGAGCCCGAGAAAGAAAUGCGCCGACGAUGUUUCUGCAUUCUCUACAUAUGGGACAGCUUGCUUUCAAGACAGCUUGACCGCAUCCCGUUUCUACCAAGCGGGCUAGCUGCUACCAACCUACCUCGCAUGAGACUCUUGCUUGAUCCAGAUGAUAUAGAAGCGCCCGAGACCUUCACUGAACGUCUUCUUCAAGUGCGUUUGGCAAAUUUCUGGAGGAGUCUCAGCCCCAACUUUGGACUGGAGUAUGACAUGACCGAAGCUGAGACCAGAUAUGAGAGAUUCUGUGCUCAAUUUCUCAAUACUCUGCCGCCAGCCUUUGCACUUCAGCCAAACAAGAUGUGGGACGCGCGGAUACCCAUGCUUUCAAGGCAGAGGCAAGUUCUGCACAUUACCAUUUGGGAUACUGUCUGCUGGAACUUCAAACCCCUACUUCUCCUCCCAUCGACUGUAGUGCAGAGCCUCCCCUCGUACAAGCAAGUACUGCUCCUCUCGCAAAAGAAAAUGCUGGCUAUGGCGGCACUCAGUAUGCUUGCCGCUGUUGACGUACUACACAACCUAAUGGGUAAUUCUCACACACGAUCUGCCCCUAUUAUCUUCGCCACGUUCGAGGCUGCAGUUAUUAUUGCCUCGAUUUGUCUGGACCCAGCGUUUGUUGAGGAAAUUGACACGACUAUCCAGCCAUCUGUAUUAACCUCGUUGAUGAACGGAGGAACUUCACUGAGCAAGGACGGCUGCUUGAGGGCUCUUCAUAGUGCACAGAAGCGCUUGCACAUGUUGGCCGAGGUCAGUAGCAUGGCAGAUGCCGGGUCGCGGGUUUUGAACAACCUCGUCGAAAGAUUGAACCCUCGAUCAUGCGAGUCAGAAGAAUUAGAUCUAGAAACAGUUGUGCCCGAGUAUUGGGCAAACAUUGAUCAUGAUCCAGCCGUGCAGGUUUUCGGGCUGAGCGGCUUUCUUUCCAGUUCAGUACCUGAUGACCCAUAUCCAGAUUGGGAUAUGCUGGGUCCUUGA